AUGAUAAGGUACACCGUAAGUAGAUCGAAAACCUCGUUCCGCCCGUCAACUUCUCUUGUCACUCUUUCAACAGCUCCCGAGGGAGUUCACUCGCUGUCCGAAGGCGGUAGAGGAAUGGGCCAGAAAACAAGAGAAAUCUCAAGAAGUUUGGACUUUGCAAACAAACAAGAGGGCUGUUCGUUACUCAAUUUACCCUCCGAUCCCUCCUUUACACCAUCGCUCUUGCAUACCCUCGUCUCGAAGAAGACGCAUGCCUCAGACACCGUAUUCGGUCCAUCGAACAUGCCACUUUUAUCACUGCCAAACGAGUUGCUCGUCCACAUCAUGAACAUGUUGGAUACUCCUGAAGAGUUCGCUAUGCGUUUCGUAUCCCACAGGCUCUCGAGAGCGUGUCUGGAUGAGUUCUGCGCCCAGCAUUUCAAGUCGCUACGUGUUGACUACAGUCGCACUGGUCUACAAAGGCUGGUUGACAUCACAGCCCAGCCGCAUCUUCUCAAAAAGCUCGACAUGGUAUCCUUUGAAGUUGCUAAGCUUAGCCGGGUGAUGCGAAGCCCCACUGGUAAUUCAUUCUACAGUAUGCUCUCACCUCCACGGCGCCAAUGGACCGUGCCUGAUCUCAGGUGGAAUCAAAACGAGCGACGCCAGCAUGAGCAUGAGACGCUCUUGGCGACCGGACAAGACUUGGAAUUUCUGCAAAAUGCCUUCAACAAUCUUGGAGCCGCCAAGUGCUCUCCAAUAGUUCGCAUCAAACGGGCGCAUUCGGACAGGUUUUGGGCGAACAAGGACCUGGGACCUGCGACGAGGCAUGAUGCUCCUUUCACCGUGCGUUCAAUACUGAGCGCUAGUGCAACUUCGGAUGCGCCCCUCACCAAGCUCGAUCUGUCGGUGUACUACAAUCGGAUGCUGCACCGAGAUGCCUUUGAUCUUCCGUGGCAAUCAUUACAGUCAACCUGGAACAGCCUGUCAUCUCUUGCUCUGGUGCUGGGCAGCGCUAACACAGCUGGAGUCCGUGACAGCAGAUUGGAAUAUCUUGACUUACUGCAAUCAACGACCAACCUCAAGGAGCUUGAACUUAGCGUCCUAGAAAACAUGGCCAACUUUGAUACAUGGGAGCUCGUCACUUGUAGCAUCGCGACGCGCUGCUUGGUUAGGAUCCGUAUAGAACGCACUCGCACAACAGGAGAUCUAUUGCAGAGAUUUCUGGAGCAACAACGGAGAACGCUUCAAUCGGUCCAUCUACUCGGGGUCGUUAUGCUCUACAAAAGUGAAUGGAAAGGCCUCCUGAAAUUCCUCAGGGGUCCAUAUCCCCUCGAAAAGCUCAACCAGCYCACUCUCCACAAUGUGAUGCAAAGAAACCAACACAGUGUGCGGAAUAUUCCGAGUAUGAUGGUCCUUUCGAAAGAUCGAGAACCUUGGGAUUGGUGCAAAUUGGAGCUUCAUGGGCAGAAGAGCAUCUGGCGUUGCUUGCAAGAGCUCAAUCGCAAUGAGAUGUGGAAUCCUUGCACAGAGCACUUGAAGAACUUCGUACCGAAAGUCCUCGAAGUCCCGUAA